UCAUUCAAGACUGUCGCUUUCCGUUUCAAGUAAGGUACCAAAAAAAAAAAACCGUCCCUUCUAAAAAUGCUUUUGUCCUUGAUCAAAACGUUCUUCUAUUAACCCUAAGCCCGUUUUGGUCGAUUCCUCAACUCUUGCAUUUCACCCCCCAAUUACUAGCGUCAAUUUUGUCUUGUUCAAUGUGGUUGACACUUCCCUCCCUUAGCUAACUAUCUCUCUUUUCUUUUCCGUACUCUUAAUCCUCUUCACUUUUUGUCUAAAAGAAAAAGAAAAUUCUUUCAUUUGACAAUCCAAAAAUUUUCCAUCAAAAAAGAAAAAAACAACCAAAAUUGCAAAAUACCCUUCAUCACCGUCAAGGAGCGCCGUGGCACGGUGGGGCAACCACUUAGCCCCACCACCCAAAAAUAUAAAAAACUAUAAAAUCUGGGUUCCACUGAAUACCCCAUUUUAAUUUCUCAGUAGACAAGAGCUAGUUUUUACAGUUAUAAGUAGACAAUGUUGGAGACAUUUUGACUCCAAACUUUAUAGCUUGGAGUAGCAAUACUCUAUGCAUGUAAAAAGAAGAAAUGAAAUCAUAAAUGUACUGUAAUGUGGUAGAUUUAUUGAUUUGGUUUCGCCUUUCUCUUGCUGAUCUGUUCGUGUCUGUGUCCAUAUCUCGUUGCUAGUGUGUUAAGCGUUGAAUUUUUGUCAAGAUUCUUUUCUGUCAUAUUCUCUCUCUGUUUAUAAGAAGCUUUUGAUCAGACUCCUGUCAAUGAUCAACACCAACCAAAAUUUUCAUUUUUAUUUUUAACGGAGAGACCCAGUUGUCGGCAAAAUUGGGUCUUUCUUUCUCUCUCAAAUAAGGAAUCAAUCAAUAAACAGACAUAGUAACACACAAACAAAAAACUAUUUCUUUUUUUCUUUUGAUAGUAUCGUAUAUUCUUUGUUCUUUAUUAUAAUAAUUGACAUCAUAUUUUAGUUGUAGCUAUAUUUCUAUAGUUGGUUCUCUACCUCUCUCUCUGAAGCUGUGUUUUUGUUCAUUGUAUAAUGUGAGGUUGUUGUUCCUUGUAAUGGGUGCCUGAGAGAGAAAGAAAGAGGUGGGAAGUAAAGCUUGGAUCUUUAUGAGAUUUGAGUGAUGAAGGAGGAAGAGAGAUAGCUAUAUUGAAGUGGGUUUCUCUUGCUUUUGAAGCUUUUACCUUUGUUUUUGUUGGGGUUGGAGCUAGAUGGAUACCAAAGGAAGACUCGUUGCUGGUUCCCACAAUAGGAAUGAGUUUGUUCUCAUCAAUGCUGAUGAGUUUGCAAGAGUGACAUCUGUUAAAGAAUUAAGUGGGCAGAUUUGCCAGAUCUGUGGAGAUGAGAUAGAGAUUUCUGUUGAUGGGGAACUAUUUGUUGCCUGCAAUGAGUGUGCAUUCCCGGUAUGCAGACCUUGCUAUGAAUAUGAAAGAAGAGAGGGCAAUCAAGCAUGCCCUCAAUGUAAAACCAGAUACAAACGCAUUAAAGGUUGCCCUCGUGUAGAAGGGGAUGAGGAAGAGGAUGGUGCUGAUGAUUUAGAGAAUGAGUUUGAUAUUGCAAGCCAUGAUAGGAGAGAUCCUCACCAUAUUGCUGCAGCCAUGCUCUCUGCUCGACUCAAUGUCAAUUGUGGUUUUCAACCUCAUGUUUCAGGGAUAAGCACCCCAGCAGAGUUUGAUGCUGCUUCUGUCGCUACGGAGAUCCCUCUCUUGACAUAUGGCCAAGAGGAUGUUGAGAUUUCCUCCGAUAAGCAUGCUCUUAUCAUUCCUCCCUUUAUGAGUCAUGGAAGACGUGUCUAUCCAAUGCCAGUUCCUGAUCCUUCCAUGACCUUGCCAUCCAGACCAAUGGAUCUUAAGAAGGAUUUGGCAGUAUAUGGGUAUGGAACUGUUGCAUGGAAGGAAAGAAUGGAGGAUUGGAAGAGAAAACAGAAUGAGAAACUCCAGGUGGUUAAGCAUGAAGGAAAUAAUGGAGAUGAGUUUGAGGAUCCUGAUUUGCCAAUGAUGGAUGAAGGCAGGCAACCACUUUCAAGGAAACUACCAAUCCCUUCUGGCAAGAUAAAUCCAUAUAGAUUAAUUAUCCUACUUCGGCUUGUGAUCCUGGGGUUAUUUUUUCACUAUAGAAUUCUGCAUCCUGUGAAUGAUGCUUAUGUGCUGUGGCUUAUUUCAGUCAUUUGUGAAAUAUGGUUUGCUGUAUCAUGGAUAUUGGAUCAGUUCCCGAAAUGGUACCCAAUUGAACGGGAAACAUACCUUGAUCGGUUGUCAUUGAGGUACGAGAAAGAAGGGAGGCCAUCUGAACUAGCUUCUGUAGACAUAUUUGUGAGUACAGUUGAUCCCAUGAAAGAGCCACCACUUAUCACUGCAAAUACAGUUCUGUCUAUCCUUUCUGUAGAUUAUCCAGUUGAUAAAGUAGCCUGCUAUGUCUCUGAUGAUGGUGCUGCCAUGCUUACUUUUGAGGCUCUGUCUGAGACGUCUGAAUUUGCAAGAAAAUGGGUACCAUUUUGUAAGAAGUUCAACAUUGAACCCCGGGCUCCUGAAUGGUAUUUUGGUCAGAAAGUUGACUAUUUGAGAGAUAAAGUAGAUCCAACAUUUGUUAAGGAACGCCGUGCCAUGAAGAGGGAAUAUGAAGAGUUCAAAGUUCGAAUAAACUGCUUGGUUGCCACGGCACAAAAAUUUCCAGAGGAGGGUUGGACAAUGCAGGAUGGGACUCCAUGGCCAGGAAACAAUGUCAGGGAUCAUCCUGGAAUGAUCCAGGUUUUCCUUGGUCAUGAUGGUGUUCGUGAUAUUGAAGGGAAUGAAUUACCUCGUCUAAUUUAUGUUUCUCGUGAAAAGAGACCAGGAUUUGAUCACCACAAAAAAGCUGGGGCCAUGAAUGCUUUGGUUCGCGUUUCUGCUAUCAUCUCCAAUGCUCCUUUCUUACUGAAUGUUGAUUGUGAUCACUAUAUAAACAACAGCAAGGCUCUUCGUGAAGCUAUGUGCUUCAUGAUGGACCCUAUUUCAGGAAAGAAAAUCUGCUAUGUCCAAUUUCCUCAAAGAUUUGAUGGCAUUGAUCGACAUGAUAGAUACUCUAAUCGCAAUGUUGUAUUUUUUGAUAUCAACAUGAAAGGACUGGAUGGGAUUCAAGGACCUAUUUAUGUUGGAACUGGAUGCGUCUUCAGGAGGCAGGCACUCUAUGGGUAUGAUGCCCCUGUCAAGAAAAAGCUUCCAAGAAGGACAUGCAAUUGUUUGCCAAAAUGGUGCUGCUGUUGUUGUUACCGAUCUAAAAAGAAGAAUAGGAAAGCAAAGUCCAAUGUUAAGAAAAACAACAAGGAGGUUUCAAAGCAGAUACAUGCUCUAGAGAAUAUUGAGGGAAUUGAAGGUAUAGACCAUGAAAAGUCAUCCCUUAUGCCACAAAUCAAAUUUGAGAAGAAAUUUGGCGAAUCACCAGUUUUCAUUGCUUCGACACUUAUGGAGAAUGGAGGAAUUCCAAAGGGGGCAAGCACUGCAUCACUCUUAAAAGAAGCCAUCCAUGUCAUCAGCUGUGGUUAUGAAGAUAAAACAGAUUGGGGGAAAGAAGUUGGGUGGAUAUAUGGCUCUGUUACAGAAGAUAUAUUAACAGGCUUCAAGAUGCAUUGCCAUGGCUGGCGAUCAGUGUAUUGCAUUCCAAAAAGGCCUGCAUUUAAGGGUUCAGCUCCUAUUAACCUCUCAGAUCGUUUGCACCAGGUUCUACGUUGGGCUCUGGGAUCUGUUGAAAUUUUCUUGAGCAGGCAUUGCCCAUUAUGGUAUGGGUAUGGCUGUGGAUUAAAAUCCUUGGAGCGCUUUUCUUACAUAGCCUCAGUUGUGUACCCUUUGACAUCAAUUCCACUUCUUAUUUAUUGUACACUGCCGGCUGUCUGUCUCCUUACUGGAAAGUUUAUUGUCCCUGAGAUUAGCAAUUAUGCCAGUAUCCUUUUCAUGUCUCUCUUCAUAGUCAUAGCUGUGACUAGUAUCCUCGAAAUGCAGUGGGGAGGUGUUGGGAUACAUGACUGGUGGAGAAAUGAGCAGUUCUGGGUGAUUGGUGGUGUCUCAUCACACCUAUUUGCCCUCUUCCAGGGUCUGCUUAAGGUUUUAGCAGGUGUUAACACGAACUUCACCGUUACCUCAAAAGGAGGCGACAAUGGAGAGUUUUCUGAGCUAUACAUAUUCAAAUGGACAUCUCUAUUGAUUCCUCCCAUGACAUUGUUGAUCAUCAACAUGAUUGGAGUCAUGGUUGGGAUUUCUGAUGCCAUCUCCAAUGGAUAUGACUCAUGGGGGCCUCUAUUUGGUAGAUUGUUCUUUGCCUUCUGGGUUAUCGUUCAUCUUUACCCGUUCCUCAAGGGGUUGAUGGGGAAACAAGACAGGCUUCCUACCAUCACUGUGGUUUGGUCAAUACUUUUAGCUUCAAUUUUCUCUCUUUUGUGGGCUCGAGUCAACCCAUUUAUAUCAAAAGGAGGUAUUGUUUUAGAAGUGUGCGGGUUGAACUGUGAAUAAAAUACAGAAUAAAAAGGAAGGGGGUGAAGAAAGGCUGUCUGAAAAUUGCAUAAAUCGGCUGUGUUUUUGGUCGAAGACGAAGACAUCCCUCCCUGCGACAUGGUUGUCCUCACUUACCAUCAUGUAAAAGGUGAGCAAAAGGGAAAACAUAUAUGUUGCAUGGUGUUUGUAGAUACGUAGAACUGGGAUCCAGUAUUUGUUCUGUUGAGUUCCCUUUGAUUCUUUCCAUACAAGUGGAUUUUUGUGGGUUGGAAGGGAUUGAAUUCAUAAAGUCCUUUGUAAUCUCUAGAGAAGAGAAAAGUUUGUUUUAUCCAUAAUGUAUAUUUCCUUCAAUAAGGGACUUAAGAUAAAUGCCUUUGAAUUGUUUUGUGUAAACUUUGGAUUGGAAUUUAUAGUGCUUUUAAGGUUCUCCACUGUCUUGCUAGUAAGAUACAGAUGCAAU